ACAAUCCAAUUUAGUCAAGUUCUCAGUUGGUUAGUUGUUCAUGUUCAGUUGUUAGUUGUUAGUUGGUAGUUGCUUGAGGUUGAUAGACUUGAGGAAGUUUGGAUCGUAAGUGGUUAAAUAAUUAUAAACAAAUUGCAACAUUCGCUUGUUUGUUGUAUUCAGUUUGUGUGUCAGUGGAGUUUAAAUGCGGUAUGUUGCCGUGACUUUAUUAAUCAAUAAUAUAAUGCGGUACACAAUAGCAGACACUUUCUUGUUUUAUGUGAAUUAAUUUGACUCAUAUACAGAGGUAUUGGUCUAAGCCUGGCGUACUUCAACAUUUACAACUUUAUAUGAAAGCAUUUUGGAAGAUGUAACUGCUAGGUUUUAGAUGCAUAUUUGAUAUAUUUAAGGAAUAAAACAACAUGGAGGUAGAAGAUAUAAUGUGCGAUCAAAGCAUUUUACACCCUGAAGUAAAUGUUCAGUUUGAUAGUAAAUCACCAUAUCCAGUUAUUCCAGCAAGCAAAUUAUGGAUUUUUAUAGACUUAGUGGCCAGAUCUAUCGUUCCACCAAUUUCAACAAUUUGUUACACAGUCUUUAAAAAUCCUCAAGUGGUUAUUCAGAAUGUAAGAUACCAAAUUUUCCCAGCAGUUGUAGCAUUUUUAGUUAAUAAUAUAUCUGGAUCAUUAGCGUCCGUCCAAAAUAUAACAUUACCAGUAACUUUAAGAAUAACGCGGGGUCCAGAUGGACGCGACAGAGCUGUGAUUAGCGACACUAAUGAAGAUACUGAUUCUGAAACGCCAGAAAAAUCGGUUGAUUGUUUGGUUUUAUUUGAACCAGAAGAUAUCGAUAUUGACGUUAUAUUUUUGCAUGGGCUUCACGGAGCAAUCAAUAAAACAUGGAAACAAGGAGUUUGGAGAACAAGCUCCCACAAGCUCAACAAACAAUCGCCUGUAAGAAGGCUAUCGACAGGCGAUAUGUACGUCCCAACCAAAGACCAUACAUUAAAAAGAACCAUUUCAAGUAUUUAUUCCAAAAUACCCAACAAAGUGGCGAGACGAGAAGAAAAUGAACAAAAUGAAGAAAAUAAAGAAUAUAACGAAGAAGACGAAAGGAGGAAGAUUGAGGAUUAUAGUGACUGUUGGCCUAGAGAUUGGAUUCCAAAGGAUUGUCCAAAUGCUAGAGUUAUAGCGUUGAACUACACUACGGAUGUACUAUGGCGUCCUACGUGGAUGAAAAAGCGAAAAAGAACCAAUUUGAUCGAACGAAGUAAUGAAAUGAUCGAAGAAUUGGUCAAAAUCGGUGUAGGAAAACACCCUAUUGUAUGGGUUGGACAUUCCAAAGGAGGACUCUACAUUAAACAGAUGAUGCUUACUACUUUUGACAGUGCCGAGUCUAGUAAAAUUAGGGACAUAUUUAACCACUCUAAAGCAAUAAUGUGGUACAGCGUACCGCAUAAAGGGUCUACCUUAGCCGAUUUUACUUUGCCCUUGUUACGAAGAAGUGUUGAGUUGCUUGAAGUACAAAGAAAUUGCGAUUUCGUAUUGGACCUACACAGACGUUUUGUUGAACUUAUAAAACAACAAAAACCGACAAUCGAUAUAUUUAGCUUUAUAGAAACAUCUUUUACUUUGAUGAGUGUUGUUUUUCUGAAGAUCGUCGCAUACGAAUCUGCAGAUGCCAAUAUUGGUAUUAAAUGCGAUGUACCUCUGGAUCACAGGGAAAUCUGCAAACCAGCUGGACGGGAUUGCUUUUUAUAUUUGGAAUUAGUCAAGAUGAUUCAAAAAUACAGUAAAAAUGAUCCUUAUCUCCAAAUAACAUAAAAAUGUCCUUUCCAUAUGAAAUUAGUUUUAAUAUAAUGGAGAAGCAACUAUAUCUAAUUUUAAAUCUUGUGAUAUUAAAGUUUUGGAAUUUUUUUUAAAUAAUAUAGUAAAAUAACAUUGGUUACCUGCCUAUUGUUUUCCUCGAGAUGUGACACAUAAUUAUUUUUUUAUUUUAAUUAAGAUUCAAAUGCUAUACUAAUAUUUGAAACUGUGAUAGGAUCUGUAUAAAUUACAGUAUUAAAUAAUAAAAGAAAUGUUGUUA